ACUUAUGUACCACCAUGUUUAAUGUAUAUCUUAUUUGCCGAUCAAUCUAUCAAUGAUAUUGUCAAGAAACAAUUUGCUCCAUUGAAACAUCAAUUGAUGAUUCUGUUUCAGAACUAUAAAAUUAAUUUACCUUUACGAAUGGAAAUUCAAGAUAAAUUAUUUAACAAAUUUGAAAAUCUUUUUUCACAUCCAAUACCGGCACAACUUUUUCAACGUGCUGUCUAUGAAAAACAUUUAAUUCAAUCGAUUCGAUAUACUUUACAGAAAAAUAAUCUUAUUUUACGACGAACAGCCGAUAAUAUGAAUACCUUCUAUAUUGGAAAUAGAUCAGAAUUUGAAGCCAAAGCUGAUCAAUAUUUAAUAAGAUCUGAAAAUUAUGAUGUUCUAAUUGAUAUCAAUAACCAAAACAAUGAAAAGCCUUUACAUACAGCUUUAAAAAAUAUGAUGAAAUCGAUGAAUAGUUUAUUAGAAAAACUGAAAGCACAUAAUGCAAUCAAAGAUGAAUUAUACGAACAAUUAGUGGCUGAUCCAACGAAAACCAAAUUACUUUAUUUAUAUUUUUUUACCAGAUAUUUCGAAUCUCAAUAUAGUGCUACAUGGAAAAUUGCUAAACAUUUAAAUCGAGUAUUACGACCAUUUGUCGACGAUAAAUUACGAUCAACGACAUUCGAUGAUGAUACUGAUUUUAUUUGA